AUGGGAGCAGAGCCAUUGAUUGUGCCGACUUUGCUUCCGACAGGCAAUCUACACUUUGCAACGGUUGAGGCGAACGCGACUGCCCAACACGUCCUCAACGACCUUAUAACCAACGAGCAUGUCAAAUCCGAGAUUCUCGGAGACCUUGACGACCGCGGGUGGGCGCUACAGUCCAUUAGGGAUGAGCAGUUGGGAAGGCGAUGGGAGGAGGCGGAAUUGGAGGCGCUGGGGGACGGAAUACUACCUCCAACCACACCUAUUUCCCCGCUCAUAAAUGCCACUCCUGCGAUCCCUGACCGCCAAUUCUCGACAUACCACUUGACAUCACACAUGCACAAACCCGCACUGCGACUGGUCUCUCUGCAUCCAUCGCUUUCUAUAACCUUUUCGUUCUCCCGGGUGCCCGAAAUCCAUGAUGAAUUCCAAUAUAAGAUCUUCAUCUCGACAAAUACGACCGUUGGGGACGUUACAUCUGCAGUUGCGACAGAACUUGGACUAACGAAAGGCUUGCCGGGCUCCAACAAUCUAGAAUAUGUGCUGGAGGAGGUGUGGGCCGAUGGGCAGACCUCUGACUUCACGCGCUUGCCUAGUUCAUCCCUGAUGUACAAGAUCGUCGAACUUCCUUUCAGCACGAAUACUCUGACAUCUGGGGCAACACGAAGCUUCCGAUUAGCUGUGCCGGAGGAAUGGUAUCGACGGUCCAAGUCCCGGAGUGUUUCUGGAGCAUCCCUCGAGUCAUCGACAUCGACGUUAAAGCAGUUCCAGUCACUAUACGAGGAACCUGAAGAAGACGAGGAUGAUGAGGAUGAUUCGGACGGGGAAGGGACUGCCAAACUGAAAUCGACCAUUUCUCCACGUGCAGAUGAAGUUCCUGCGGCCCAGAAGCGAUUUUCGCUAAUGAGUUACUGGUCUGCGCAAAAUUCGGGACCUCCAUCUCCGGACAAUCGCAAAAGUGUCAGCGAACCCAAACUCGUGCCGCACUUUACUGGAGGACCGUGGAAAGGUCCCGGGCUGGAUUCUAUGGUAGAAGAAGAGGACGAGCCGUUUGAUCAAUUCGCUUUUGACGCAUUUGUUGAGGCAACAGUUCCGGAGGGUAGAAGGGCUGCCAUGUAUAGUCUCCCUCUAGAAAAGCGACAACAGCUUCUCAGUCAGUAUCGCGCCGCGAAACCGAAAUCCAAGUCGCCCAUGCAAUCCGCAACGGUUGGUCCGUCUAGCGGAGCUGCCCUCGCGCGGAUAAUACCACAAGUUACUGGGGAUGCUUUCCGACGAUUCUCGCUUUGGGGUGGUCCAGCAGAGCCAGAGGUUGUACAGGCAACAGUGGAGAAACCAGUUGAGGAGCUUCAACCACUGCAACCAAACAUCACCGGCGGCGUAUUCAGCAGCUGGUGGUCCGGCGGCGGAACUGGUGAAGCUAGUGGAAGGGAUCAACCCGGGAAGUGGUAUGUGGAUAAACUCCGCAAUCGCAAAGUAGAUUCCAAGCUGGCGAAACUUCUCAUUGAGCUCAAUUCGCAUGCAUCGUCGAGCGAGAUGCAGUGGGUUGUGGAGUUCAUCGACGAGAAUGGGAUGGAAGUGUUGGACUCACUUUUAGCGAGCCUGGUUGGCGGCAAACGGCGAUCCCUAACGCAGACAGAGCAAAACGUGGUUUUUAAUCUCGUUAAGUGUCUGCGGGUUCUACUGAACACAACUCCCGGUCUUCAACGGGCAUUCUCGUCGAGAACGCUGAUCACUCACAUGGCCUACGCUCUCCAUGGGUCGUCUCUGAAACUGCGUGGCCUUGUUACCAGAAUUCUGGCAGCCCUCUGUGGUCUACCUGCGGACCGCCCCGAAGGUCAAAAGCUGGUUUUAGCCGCCUUAACAGACUACCGUAUCGAAUUUGAAGAGGCAUUCCGCUUCGAACAACUCUUGGAAUUCAUGCGAGAUACAUUUGAUGCCGAGGGCGAUUUGGGCAGCGAAGAAGUCAAACGAGAGGCAGAGCUGUGGGAGGCACGGACGUGGUCGAUGGCUUUGGUGAACCAGUUGAUUUUCCAUUCGGAGGCUUUUGAAGAUCGGGUCAUGCUUCGUGACGAGUUUGCUCGACGGGGCUUAAACGAAGCGGUCGUGACCUUGCGAUACCUGGGCCCAACGGAUGACCUCAGAACUCAGAUUGAGCGUUAUGCGGAUGACAAGUUCGCUGACGAGGAAAGCAUGCGGGAUCGUGCGCGGAGUUAUAUUGGCCAGGCGGGCAGUCCAGUCAACCAUGAACGAGGCAUGUCGGGUUCAGAGACAGCUCUUGCAGACCUCGUGCGACUGGCUAAACAACACGGAGAGUUAUAUCCAAUGAUGAUGGACAUCAUGAACCACUAUACCCUCAUUUUGCAGCGCGAUGUCGGAUUGCAACUAAAAGCAGAUCUGCUUGCAAUCUUGGACAAGUUCGUCGAGCAAGCUGCAAUGUUGGAUGAUUUCGACGAGAGCUGGCAUUUGUUCAUGACACGAUUUUCUUCGUCGGUGGUCCAUAUAACCGGACAAGCGCUCGAAGUUAAGGCGGCAUACGAGGACGGCUCACGGACGAUUAUCGAGCAAGAACUCGAGGCAUUGCGUGCGAAGUACGAGGAACUGAGCGAUGAGCGAACCGACCUACGAAACAAGUUGAAUGAUCAGUUGGCAGAGAUGAAUGCGUUGAAAUCUCUCCCCAUGAACAUGCCUGUCCCAAAUGCCAAAUCAAUAGGGAAAGCCGGCCAAGAGAACUUCCACGGUCUUGUCCAACGCCUUGUUCAACGCGAGAAACAAGUCAUCCAACUCCAAGCCGAGGUUGAUCGCUUCAAAGCACAGAAUCCAGCAGAUGCAAGAGAAGCUGAUGAUCGUGCUAAACGUGAACGCGAACGGGCCCGGCUACAGAAACUCAAUGAUGAGAUUGCACACCAAAAGAUCAAGGCAGAUCAGUGAACUUGAGUCGUUGGUUGGGAUCAAAGAAAAGGAUAUCACAUACUACAAACGCGCCAUGGAAGCUGUUUAUGCUCGAUUCAAAUCGCAAGAGGACAUGCGGCAGGAGAGCCGGGCAGCCGAGAUGGAUGCCGACUUGAUGGUAUCACGUGUCUUGGAAACGCUAAGUCGAAAGGACGACGAGAUUGCUACGCUUUCGGCCGAAGUAACUGAGUUAAAGUCGAAACUUGCCGCUCGUCCUAAGACGGAGAAGGAAUUCAAAGCAAGAUCGCCUCCUCCACCUCCGCCUCCAAGCAACAAGGGCAAACGGGCAUCCGUCGUUCCUGCAUCUCCACUAUCAUUCUCUGCAGCUGGUACACCACCAACACCACCACCACCACCACCUCCGCCACCACCACCGCCGCCGCCACGUAGAUCUACGCUCGCUGAAGAGACUACAGCGAGCAUGCCAUCACCUCCGCCAUCACCGCCCCACGUAAUAUCAUCACUCAGUGAUGUGCCAUCAAUCACACCAUCAACAUCGACAUCAUCACCUCCGCCGCCUCCACCUCCACCUCCGCCGCCACCGCCACCGCCGCCACCACCACCAUCUUUCGCAUCUGGACCUCCUCCUCCCCCUCCCCCACCGCCACCUCCCGGUGCUCCAGCACCCCCGCCCCCACCACCAGCUCCGGGUGCUCCGCCAACGUCAUUCCGAUUCAUGAGCUCUUUAAAGCCCAAGAGUAACAUGAGAAAUUUCAUCCACGAAAGUCUCCCGCUCGACUCGGCCAGCGCAUCUUCUGUGUGGACGGAGGGUCAGACAACAGGCAUCGCUUUGCAGAUGGACGAGAUCAAGAGCCUUUUCGCUAUCGAGACCCGUGCGACGACCUCGAAACUGGGGUCUAAUACAGCAAGCAACAGUCCCAAGACAGUGCUAAAUAACGCUAGAGCCACUGCUGUUGGUAUGUCGCAUCUAUGUUAAUUUGACCUGCAACGCUAAGACGCUACAGGCGUUAUGCUCAAAGGCAUUAAGAUGAGCAUCCCUGAAAUUAAGCAAGCACUGCUGGAGCUUAACGACAAGCUUCCUGUGAACAACUUAGAAGAGAUCGGCAACAAGUUGCCGACUUCCGAUGAGGCAGGUUUCAAUUCUGCGACGAUCUUGUCGCUGACUUUUUUUUCGAAGAUCACCCUACUCAAAGCCACGAAGGAUAUGUCGAAGCUAUCAGAGGCGGAUCAGUACCUUGCUCAGGUAGGCUAUUUAUUAUCGUGCUACCCAUGCUCACGAUGACAGAUCAUGUCAAUCCCUCGACUCCCGGGUCGGCUAGACGCCAUGAUUUUCCGGGCGAAACUGGAUAUGGACAUGGCAGAGCUGGCGCCGGAGCUGGAAAUCCUACACAAAGCCUCGCGCGAGCUUCGGUCGUCCGCCAAGUUCAAGCAGAUCUUGCAAACUGUUUUAGCUGCUGGGAAUGCGCUCAACGUGGAUCGCGGGCAGAUACGGGGCUUCAGGCUGUCAACACUGAACCAGGCAUGCUAGCAACAUUGAACAAAAAAACCAUUUGGCUGACACUGAUACUGUAGCUGGGCAUGACUAAGACUGGGCGUGAGGAGUGUCCCUCGCUGCUGCAUUUUCUGGCACGGAAUUUUCUGCAAAACGACCCAUCUUUGUUGGACUUUAUGAAAGACAUGCCGAAUAUCCGAGAGGCGGUUCGCAGUACGUGAAUCAUCGUUAUUAAAACUCGUGAAGAAGUGACUUUUUGGCCAGUUUCAAUCCAAUCAAUAUUGCAGACCGUGAACAAUAUGGUGGAACGAUUAACGCAACUGAAGACGGAGAUCACGAAAGCACAGUCUUUAAGGCUGGAUCCUGCCGACCGAUUUGUGGUAGUAAUGGAGGUAGGCCUCGUAUUCCUCAUCCUGGUGAAAAAGCUCAUUUUAUUAGCCUUUCGUGGCGAAAGUCGGCCCCAAGAUCCGCGACCUCAAGUCUGCGAGCUUCUCAUUGCACCAAGAACUCCGCUCGUUGUUAUCAUACUUUGGUGAAAACCCGGAUGCGCCACAAGCUCCGAGUGUGGAGCUGUUUUUCGAAGGCAUCGUUACGUUCUCGCAGUCUCUCGAGGUAAAAUGAUACUCUCUUUCGUAUGAGGUCUCUUACAUUGUCGCAGAACGCCGUCCAGGACGUUAUCAGACUCGAAUCCCAGCGCAAGCCGGCGCCGUCGAAGCCGUCGAUCGUGCUUCAGACCAACGAAUCCUCGACCGACAGCGAACCAACUGUCAAACGCAGCAAGCCGGAGAGCACCAGCGGUUUGGCCCCGCCGAUACACGCGCCCGAGUCGUAUGGUCGCGCGUCGCUGAGUAGAGGUGUGUUGGACAACGCGAUGCGGAAUAUGGGCAACAGCACACGGCACCGGAGAGAUCCAGCCAACCGGGUAUGUCCACAGACUCUUUCAGGAACAUGCAAUGAUUGAUCGGCUUUCCCCAGGUGCGACUGAGUGGGAUCUUUUUCACGGGCGGGCCUGCGGCUGGGUCAUAA